GCUGUACCCUCGCUGCUGACAGAGGAGAGAGGAGAUCUGAGAGAGAAGGAGAGUGCCGCGAGGGGAGCCGCCGCGCCGCUCAGGACCGCCGUCGCGUCGCGUCGCCGUUUGCGCCAGCGCCGAGGAGACCGUGCGGGGAGGAGAGAGAGCGAGAUAUGAGGCCGAGCUGAGGUCCAACCACCGCGUCGGAGACCUUUUCGUGUCGCCAGCGUCGCAAUCACCGUGAAACCCGUCGCCACCGCUGCUGUACCCGCGUCGUCAUUAUUCUCAUCCUGGAGUCGGUUGCCGUCACUUAUGGCAGAGCCAGAGAGAGAAAGAGAGAGCGAGCUCGGGAGCAGAGGAGAGAAAGGAGAGACCCGCGCCAGCCACCACUACUUCUACCGUUCGAAACCCUACUGCCGCCGCCGGGGAACAAACUGUUGUUGUCAGCCGCAGCUGCUUGUUAUUCUGAACUGCUGCACCGUUGUUGCCGCCGUUCUGGUCAUCGGGUGUGGCGUGGGUGAUCACCGGAACCACCAUCGGAGUUACCGUUAUUUCAAUUUAGUCGUUCGUCCUUCUUUGGCAUCAAGGUGCUACGUCGUCACCGGAGCUGCUGUUGCUCCGUUUUCUCGAUUAUUCGUAAGCCCAGUAAGAUUGAGCUAAGGCUGUGUUUAGAGGUUGUGGCUGCUGUGGGGACGGUCGGUAUUGAUGCUGUUGCUGUGGGAUAAGAAUAGAAAUGCAGUUUGUCGCGUAGUUGAAUCGCGAACGAGGUAGGGGUUUUUCUUAAAUUCUAUUUUAUAUUACAGAGUUGUUAUAAAUAGAUAUUGACACAGAAAGAUAUACUUUUGUGAUUAUAUUUGUCUUGUGAAUGUGAUGGUUUGUUAUACUGAAUUAUUGGUUGCUUGAUUGCUUGAGUGAAGUACGGUUGUUGAUAAGAAAUGGGUUUGAAAAGUUAUUUACUUAAUUAUUAUGAAAAGUGAUUUUUCUUGGUUUGGAGUUAAAGCAGUUUGAUUUUGAGUCGGUCUGAUUUUAUAAAUGAUUUAAUACUUGAGCUGGUUUGAUUUUAAAAAGAGUAUUAUUAUUGGAAUUGGUCUGAUUUGAGAAUAAUUUGAUAUUGGAGCUGAUUCAACUCUGGAAAAUGUUUGGAAUUUAGAAAUGGUUGAGAAAAGGUUUGAGAAAUGUUUGGGUGGGACCCGAAAAGGGUGGCAGUGUCCGAGUUUUAGAGGAGAUGCUGUCGAAAUUUUAUAAAAUUGAAA